AUGGAUCUUGGAAUUAUUGCAGAGAAUGAGAGUGUGCAGCUUGAGGAUAGGAGCCAGGAGAUGCAGCAGCCUGGAGACCCACAGGAGGAGAUGGGGAAGCUGGCUGGCUCCAGGACAGACUUCCCAGCCAGGAUGGUCCUGAGUGAAGAGGAAAAACUGAAGAUUUCCAAAGACCUCGUGGAUCUCCAGAUCGAGACAAACAGAAUGAAGGAGCGUUAUGAGACAGAGAACUUCCAGCUGAGAACGAUGAUGCAGACGCUGGAGAGGCGGGUGCAGGAGCUGGAGCAGGGCAGGGCCGGGCUCCGGGAGGAGCGGGAUUCCCUCCGGGAGCGCCUGCACAGCCUGGAGAGCAGCCGGCAGGAGCUGGGGGAGGAGUUCAUCAUCCUCAAGAGCAAUUACCUGGCCCUCGGCAGAGAGCUGGACAAGGAGGUGAUGAGGAAUGAGGAGCUGACCCAGGAGCUGCUCAGCCUGGCCAAGGGGAGCAACCUCCCCCCUGGCUUGGUCCAUCAGUCCUCCCAGGGGCUGGGAAGAGGGAGAGCAGCAAGACAGCUCCGCUCUGCUCGUGGGGGGAAGCCCGAGGAUGCAGCUGCCUCUGAACACGAGCAGCAGGAGCUGGAAAGAAAGUUGCUUGGAAACCAGGAUCACAUAAAAGUGGAGCUGGAGAAACUGAAGAAAAGGCACGAUGAGCAGCAGCAGAAGCUGGAGGAGCGAGUGCUGGCGCUGGGGAAGGAGCUGCAGGAGGCGAAGGGAGCGGUGCCGGCGGAGCCAUCAGCGGUGCUGCUCGCGUCCCAGGGCCGGCUCCAGGAGCUGGAGGCAGAGAACUCGCGGCUGCAGCUGCAGCUGAAGGAGCUGAACGAGGAGUAUCGCUGCCGGCUGGCACGGUGCCUCAGGGACCUGGCAAACUACACGGACAGCAAACCCAGCAGCGUGACAGGACCCAGCAAAGCCCCAGCUGGCCAUGCUGCCAUGCAGAAUUUUGUGGACAGCAUGCUCAGGGACAUCCAGGCCUCCUACAAGUGCCGGGAGGAGCAGCUGGCCCGGGCAGCCCGGGGCUACAGGAAACGCCUGAAGGACUUGGCCAAGAAGCACGAGGACCUGCUGAUUGCCUAUGGUUGCAGGCUGCAACGGGAGCAGAUCCGGUCCCUGGGCAGCAGUGCCAUGGGCUGUGGCCCUGCCGAGCUCCACCUGGCCAGCACAGACCCCGAGCUGCUGACAGACAGCUCCCGGGAGCUGAACCGCCUGCGGGGGCAGAAGGCAAAGCUGGAGGUGCAGCUGCAGGAGCUGCACACCUCCAGAGCACUGGAGACGGGAGCCCCGGGGUUCCCGCAGCUCCAGUUCUCGGGAGCCCCGGUGCUCCCACAGGUCCAGUUCCCGGGAGCCCCGGUGAUCCCGCAUCCCCAGUUCCCGGUGUUCCCGCAGCCCCAAUUCCCGGUGUUCCCUCAGCCCCAAUUCCCGGUGCUCCCGCAGUCCCCGUUCCCGGUGUUCCCGCAGUCCCCGUUCCCGGUGUUCCCGCAGCCCCCGUUCCCGCUCCCUCUCGCCUUUGCAAAGACCGGGCUGGACUCGGAGGCGCCUGAGCUGUGUGAUCUGUGUGGAGCUGUGCAGGGGCUGGAUUUGGUGUCUGGGCAUGAUCCACAUGAGCUCCUCUGUCGCAGGCAGCUGGAUGAGGAGGGCUGGGCAGAGAUCAGGAGGAAGCUCCGGGAAUUCACGCUCAACACCCAGGAGGAGCUGGAGCAGCAGAGGAGCCAGCUGCUGACUCGGGCUGUGGUGGCAGAGGAGCAGGUGUUGGAGCUGCAGGGCUACAUCGACCAGCACCUUGCCAGGUGACAGGGGGUGACAGCCCUCUCCUGCCUUGGUGCCAGUGCUGUCCCCGUGCCCACGGCUGGCCCUGCCACAGCAUUGCCAGCACAGCCCAUGUCCCUCUGCUCCCCCAGCUGUGCAGGCAGCUGCCACCACCUCUUGUGGCACAGGGCAGCAGGACAGACACACGCCACACACCACAGGUGUCCUGCCCUGUGAGCUCACCCAUCCUUGGGAGGAAUCACAACCAUGGAAAG